CCAUCGGAAAAUUCAGAAGAUCAGAUUAUCGAGAAUAAUGACAACUAUGGAGUGGUACUAGAAGUCAAAACUGUUGAACAGCAGCGUGAAGAACACGGUCGGGAAAGCUACGCACAAGAGCUGGAUCUGCUCCGGAUACGUUCUGGAAUGUUGAGGCUGGUUUCCUCGUUUAUCGAACUCUUUACCAAGGGAACGGAAGAAGAUUUUUCCGCUGCCGGUGAUCUGCUUUCUCAUUGGAGCAAUACUUUUAGCUCUGUUCGCUCGAAAAAUCAUCAACCUACGAGUGGAAAAUUUCUAGUCAAUUUAUUACCCUCUCGGCUGCAUUUAAUCUUACGGAUGCCUUAUGAAAAGGUGUUUCGAAAUUUCUCCGACUUUCUGCUCUUGCUAUGGAAGGGAGAGAAACAAGACCAAAUUCGAUCUAGCAGUGAGCAAUGCGUGAAGGACAUUAACGAAGUAUUUGCACUGAUUGGCAGCGCUAUUAACGAGUACAACAAAUCCGGUGACUUACUGUGGAACCGCAAACGGGUUCACGAAACAGUUAACUGCUGUGUAGAAAUCUUAUCCUUGGUGCUUUUCGUCCUCACCAUUUGCUACGACAAAUACUCGCAAGCUCCGGCCUCUCAAUCGCAACGAAAACCGAAGAAAAAAGACUCGGAUCAAAACAACCACGAACCGGUGGUUGCACUAAUGGCCGAGAAAAAUCGUUUGCUUCUGGUUGCCGACUUACUCAGGGCUUUGAAGAAUGGACUGCUGGAGUGCGACACGGUUCUGACCUCCUGGGAGCUGCCGCUGCUCUCGGAUUCCCUAGCAGCCGCCCUGGAGCAGAUGUCCCUCGGGCCGAAAAGCGAGAGUGCCGUCCGACUGAAACUGAUGGAAUGCCAUUCGGGUGAGAUCAAAGAACUGAAAAAGUUGACAAAAGACAAACUUAGAUUGAUCAAUAAAUCGAUUUAGUAACUUCUCGAAGGAUUACGAUCCUACGAUGGUAAUGAUAAAAUGAAGAAGAAAUUUGCCAGUUUGACCGUAAGUGUUAAGUUGUUGCCGGGAAUGUUCUUUAGAUAUUUUUCUCAGAAGUAGUAUAUAGUGAUUAAAGUUUAAAACAAGCACGAUAGGAAACGUGCGGACUGUUACAGAAAAGAAAUACAAUUGUGGGUUGAGUUCAGGCCAGGCGGGAAAAAACGAACAAAAACUUUUACCAAUAUUCGAAGCGAUACACCAGAGGCAUGAACAUCUUGAAUGAUUUCACGAAAACUUAACUAAACAUUGAAGGACAGAAUUUACGCGAUAAGGUAUGCGUAGCGCAUCGGAUAGUUUUAUUCGGUUAAUAACGGUUAAUAUUUAUUUGUAAAAACAAAUAGAUAGAACACACUUUUUCCCUGCACAUAACAAUUGUUAGCGAGCAAAGAUCAAUCAAAAUCGAGUACAUUAAUGAUUUCUUUUUUUUUAAUAGUUUUUUAACAUAAAAGUGUUCAAAUAGAUUUUUUUAAAUGUACUUUGACUAGUGUUCUUCGGUAAAUUCUAUUUCCAUUGGUUGACCAUGAUUUCUCUUUUUUUUUAUUUAGCAACAGUAUUGAGUCAAAUUGACGAUUAUCAAAAAAAACUUUUAUUAUGAAUUUCGAUUGAAAUUGUUGGUUCGUACCGUAAAAGGCGAUGGUCUUUACUUGCCACUCACGAUAAAUCGUAUGAAUAAAUUCUAUUGCAAAAUAAA